UGGAGCCCGAAAAACGUGGUAUCGCUGGAACGGGUAGCUGGUGCUCGGGGAUCGGCCAGAAUAUACACUCCAGCACCAGUUGCACAUCAGAAUUUGCAGAGUGGAUCAAGUAGUCGAAAGCGUAUUCAGGCAGCCUUCAACGUAAACAAAAAUGGAGCUAGGGGAGGGAGAGGCGCAAAUUUGUCGACUUUGCGGUCAGUGCGAAAGAAUAUACAUAGACGUGUUCGGCGAGGAAGGUACCAAGAGAUUUUUAGGCCUGAAGAUUCACACGAAAAUCAACAUUCUGAUAAAAGAGAAUGAUGGAUUGCCACAUAUUGUUUGUAUACGAUGUAUCGGUACAUUGGAAUUCUUGUGUGACUUUUACGAGACCUGCCACCUCACUCAAAUGGAACUCUCGGAGGGCAGUAAAAAUAAGAUAGAAGAAAGCGAUGCUGAAUCUGACAAAGAGAAUGCUUUUCCAUCAAUGUACGACGCGAAACGUAAAAUAAAAGUUCCAUCGCCCAGCGGAUCAAAAAGUACAAAACAUGGUCUGGUUGUGAAUAAUGGAUUGUACUACAGUACAGAAACGAAAGACGGAAGUAAUAGUCUUUACCGCGUAGAUAAUAACGACCGUUCAAAUAAAGUUCAGUCUGUCAUGCAAAUGACUGUACAAAAAUGUACAAAAGGCCUAGCAUUAGAAGAAAAAGGAAAUGUUUCAAAGGGAACGAUAAUUCGCAACAGAAGAUCGGAAUCUCUGAAUAGUACAGUAAGGUCCAGUCAGAACGCUAGUAAUAGUAUACAACAGCCUUUACGUCGCAAAAGGGGUAGGAAAAGUAAACUAGAAAAAAUGAAAGAAGCCAGUGUAUAUUUGAGCCUAAAGAGGAAACUGGAAAAGCAUGCAGAGGAUGAAAAGAACAAAGAUAAUCCGUAUAAGAGGCACUAUCUACAUACAAUCUGGAUAAAUAACAAAUCUAACUUGACAAAGAAUUCUGUGAUAUUAUCUAAGCCCCAAGUUGAAAGAGUAGCGAAGGGAGAACUAGUAGUAAAUACGUUGUCGAAUGUGUUUCAUAAUGAAAAUAGCAAAACUGUUACUAUACCUGAUGAUAAUACAGUUGAAAUAGAAACUAAUGUCAAAGACUCUGAAAUAACUGAAGGCCCUAUAAAGAAGAAUGAAGACAACUCCAUGAAAAGCAAAGCAAUAUCGGUUAUCGUGAAGCAAGAAAAAGGAGAGGCUGAGAGUGCAUUUUCUCAGCAAACUAGAGAAAUAGAUCAACUUGUUUGGAUCCCUAAUGACGUGUUAAUUCAGGAACAAGAAACUUUAAUAGAUUCUCCAUUAAAGGAGGAAGUAAAACAAAUUACAAACAAGAAAAGUAAUUUCACAGCGGAGUAUGAUGAUGCAGAGCAUUCUAAUGUUUCCACUAUCACGGACCAUAAGGAUUUGAAGUCAGAAAUAUUCGAGGAACAGAAUCGUGUAUCCGUUAUAAAAUCCUUCCAGACCAACGGGAGCCCGAUUUCAAAGAAAAUGGAGGAAGUUAAAACGGAAGUAUAUCUUACAACGAACGCGACGAGUCAGAGUAUAAAAGAUGAUUCAGAAUCUGAUGACGCUGAUCUAUCGUUUAUGCAACCACUCAGUCCUGAUAGUAAAUUCAGCAGGAACAGGAGCAAGGAUAGAUCAUUCGCUAAGAUCACUGAAUUGAUCAGCGACGAACAAAAAGAAGCUAUCGAGACUUUCUACACGGUUGAUAUGUCGAUUGUAAACCCGGUCGAAGUGCAGAAGAAUUUGACUAUAAUUGAUAAGAAGAAUAUACGCUGUAAUAUCUGUGGUACUUUUUACCUCAGAAUGGACAAGUGUCAGGUACAUAUUUGGGGCCAUUUGAAGAUGAAGCCAUAUCAAUGCAAAGCGUGUGACUUUUCCACGGUGACCGUCACCAACGUUCGUUGCCAUAUUAGAAAGAGUCAUCUAAAAAUCAAACCGUUCGAAUGUCAUCUUUGCGAAAGAAAAUAUGUAACUGCCGUUUUAUUGGAGGAACAUAUUAAUACUCAUACGGGUGCCCGGCCAUUUAAGUGUAAGCUUUGUGACUUCACAAGCGCAAGUCGACAAAUGCUGAGUUACCACGGCGCUACUCAUAAACCAAAAAAGGAUAUUAAUUGUAAGAUUUGCGACAAGGAAUUUUAUUCGAGAGGCAGACUACGAGCACACAUGAUCAUACAUAAUAAAGACAAAUUUGUCGUAUGUAAACUAUGCUCUGCUUAUUUAUCCAGUCAAGAGGCACUAAAGACACAUCACAAAAACGUUCACUCGCAAGAUUAUGUGUGUAACGUAUGUGGCAAACAUGUUCAGUCGAGGAAAGCUUUGCACAAUCAUCAAAAUGUUCAUGCUGCUGCAAAAUAUAAAUGUUCUUUGUGUCCAAAUAUGUACAAGAGUAGUCAGAUCUUAAAAGAACAUCUUUUGAAACACGAAGGUAUCAGAAAGUACAAGUGCACUGUUUGUGAAAAAUCAUUUGGUCAACAAUCUCAUGUAGCUGCUCACAUGGCGGUACAUAGUAAAAUUAGAUUUCAUUGUCCUGGGUGCGACAAACCUUUCAAUCGUCAUGAUAACAUGAAGAUGCAUACUAAACGGUGUCAAUUGUUUCUCGCGAAUCCGGAUCUAAAGAAUCGUAUAGUUAAAAAAGAAAGAAAUAUAUUCUUCAAGAAACCGACGGAACUGAACGAGGAUUCAAUGAGCGGGGAUACGUCGAAUUCCGCAACACAUGUCGAAGAUCAGAAUGUAGAGCCAUUAAUGAAAACUGUAGAUAAAAAAGAAGAGGUUGAAAUGAAUCUCUGCAAAAUAGGACUGAAUAUCUCUUGCAUAAAGUCCAUGAAUGAAACGUGGAGAUGCGACGACGUGUAUAAAGAAGCUGGAGAAAUUACGGGAUCCGCCGAGAUUAAUUUGAUUCAAAUUACAGGUGUCAAUGAUAAUUUCAUUCCAGAAAGCGAGAACUUAAUAGUUCGUGAGACCAUUUUGGGACCAGAAAGUUUUUAACAAGAUUUUUUUAGACAGAUUGAUUAUUUUAAACAGACGAUACGAAUCAAGCGUUUUGUAAUAACGGCGCCCGACAGUACAAAUGUAAUCAGAAAAGAUCAAAGAGAUCACGAACGAGUACGUUAUUUACAAGUACUUAAGUCUCAACAAGUCCAAAACAUUAGGGUAAUUCAAUCGAUCGUCUUGUAGUGUCUUAUAUCUUUUACAUAUUGAUACAUUG